AUGGUAAAAGUGGUCGGGAAGCUAAGGUGCACACGUAACAUGAUCCACAUGCAUCUCUUCAUGUCGUUCAUUCUCCGUGCCAUCUUUGUCUUCAUCCGGGACAUCAUUCAGGCCCAGAACGAAGCUGGCUUGCUCAAGUCCGAACUCCAGGCCGAGCUCCGAGCCGAUUCCGGGAACGACUCGCUACCAGUAGAUAGAGGGAAUCCGGGAUGCAAGGUAGCCUUUACCCUGAUCCAGUACUUUCUGGUGGCAAAUUUUUACUGGCUGCUGGUAGAGGGCGUCUAUCUCCACUCAUUAAUCACACUGGCAGUAUUUUCAGAGAAGUCUAUCUACAGAUACAUCGCGCUUGGAUGGGGUUGCCCUGCAUUUGUGGUGGUCCCAUGGGCAAUAGUGCGAUCGUUCAAAGAGUCAUCGGGGUGUUGGUGGAACGAUGUCACGCGAGAUUCAAGUUACUGGAUAAUCAAGGCACCCGUCAUGAUAUCUGUUAUCGUGAAUUUCGUUCUGUUUCUCCACAUAUUGUGUGUCUUGGCCACUAAGCUGAGAGCAAGUAACGCAGCUGAGGCAAGAACGUACAGUAAAUUGGCCAAGUCGACGCUGAUUUUGAUUCCGCUGUUUGGAGUGUAUUACAUCAUCACUGUUGGGAUGCAUUUUUCGAACGAUACCACGAUGGUCUAUAUCAGAAUGUACUUCGAACUCAUUCUUUCACCAUUCCAGGGUUUUCUCUUAGCGAUCCUUUACUGUUUCAUGAACGGAGAAGUGAAAAACGAGGUCAAGCGAAAAUGGCGUCUCCAUCUUUUGAACAGAACUCUGAGCACCCAUAGAACAUUGCGAAGCUGUCAGUCACGCUCAUCGUGUUCGACACCGCCUCGGAAAGAUUCGAUGAAGAACCAUUCCGUGUUUGAAACCAGCAUCGGGCGCUCGACGAUCGGCGAACGAUUCUUCGCGCUGAAGAAACAGUUCUCGCGAGGCGAUUCGUCCAAUGGUCACGUGGGAAAUGGCUCCCUAGGCAACAGCAUCGCGAUACCUGACCCCACUGAGCCGAGACCGACGCCUGAUGGCGCUGCAGAUCGGAGCAACAUGUAUGAUCACCAUCCACCCGACUUCGAUGACCUCGAGAACGACGUCGAGGUGAAUGAGAAAACCAAGAUUGAUAUCAAGAUCGAGGAGGCUUCGGAUGACACUCCAAACAGUGAUCGCGAUGAGAGGAUCCUCUUAGAGGAUGGAACUGAAGAGAAAAGCGAUGUUUUUGAGGAUGAUGAGGAGGAAUGCGAUUGCGAUAUGGCUUGCAGUGAAGGCCACACCAAACACGAUGUCAAUGAUAGUGAUUCAAGACAAAUAUUCAGUAACAUUGAGACCGAAGUCUGAACUCAGCGUCUCUGAGGCCCGGACUCAACAUUGUACAAAAAUGAUUUGAACUUUCGUCAACGUUUCUCAUGACAAAAAAAGAGAUCUUUCAUUACAUUUUACAAAAAUUAUGUACUAUAUUGACGUAAUGUUUCUUGAAUCGACGCUUAAUACCACGAUGCUUUUUUAACUUUUGCAAAUAUUUUGCUCCUUCUGAAGUAAAUCUGACACAAUUAAUGAUUGUUUCAGAACAGAGAGUUUUUACGCUGUCCCAUUUUCUCCUUGAAAACGAGCUCUAGGCUGAUGUUAGGUGGAGUAGGGUGGAGCAGCAUCGUCAGUCACCGGAAGUGAGAUUUAAUUGCCUGAAUUCACGAAGGAGAUUUAAAUUCAACCCGUGGUUUGAAUCUUCAUUUACAUAACCCAUGGUCUAAAAUUAGCGAAUCUCAUCGCGUACACAUUCAGAGGUCCAAUAUUAGAAGUCUCAGACCAUUAGUUAUGUAAAUGAAGAUUGAAACCAUGGGUUAAAUUUAAACCUUCUUCGUGAAUUCGGGCAAUUCAUGAGUCUGGAAUACUUAAAUAACACAUAGAAUAACAGAAAUAGUGUACAUGUAUCCUCCAGCCCUAGACAUAUUAAAGCAGUUUCACCGAGAGCCGGUUAGUGUAAAACACUCUUUCAGAGCAGACUAAAUGGAGUAGAUAGAGUAUAGACUUCAAGCUUCAGAGGGCGCCCUGUCACCAUGUCACGCAUGGGAACAUAGUCAAGGAGGCGAGUGUCAUUUACUCUGGCUUUGAAAAUACCGGGGUAAAAUACAUGAAAACAAACUGACCGUAAUUUAUAUUCACAGUGUACCAUUUAUUUUCCUUGGGAUAAGGUGUGAACUUUGAUUUGCGAGAAAUGUUGGUUUGCUUGCCACCUGAUUCGAGGGGGUUUACUUUCAAAGUUUUACAAUUGAAGUUGACUUCGUAGGUAGAUUACAUAUCCCAUAGUGUUUUGUAGUAAAAGGGAGGACAGCUUUUCCAGGGUGGUGGUGGUGGUGGACUGGUGGUGCAGC